AUCUGACUGUCCAAAAUUUAAAUCUUUCUUUGUUUAUUUUUAAAAAAUCAUUAAUUACAGUUCAGUCAGUGAGUUAAGAAUAAAAAUGAAUCAAACAUAUGAUCCAGCAUUGAAUGCCAAAGUCAAAAAGACUAGCGAAAAAAUAUCAGAGAAUAUCCACAUUCUGGCUAAUGAGCCAAGCUUAGCAUUCUAUAGAAUUCAAGAAAAUGUUAGGAAAGUAGUUCCAGUUAUAAUUGAGAAGAGAUCAGAUGUUGAAAAGCUAAGAAAUGAUUUACAAGGAAUUUGCUUUGAUCUUGAGUACAGCGUUGAGACAUUAAAAUCCAUAGAAGCUGCUGAUGAGCCACUAAAGAACAUCCAAGAGAGCCUCAAAAAUGCUAUAUUCUUAAGACAACAGCUGAAAUAUGAAGAGACAAGGAGGAAAAAAGAUACAAGUUCCAGUAAAGAUUCAAGCAACAUUUACAAGAGAUUUUCAGCACAUUUGCCUCUAGAAAUACCUGACAUCGGUGGUGUGAUGAGAGAAACGACUAAUAGAGUUGAGAAUUACAUGGGAAUCAAUAAUGGUGGUGGAACCAGCUCACAAUCUGAACUUCAACGCUCACAUACAACUUUACAUUAAUUAAUCAGCAAUAGAAUCUUUGUUCAUGCAUUUAUUAUUUCUUAAUCAAUAUAAGUGACAAUUAAUCCUAUCGUAAAAUAAAGCUUUUUAAAUGUAAAAUUAAAAUCUAAUUAGUAAUCAUCAUAGU